ACCUAUUCGUUCCUUGUGCUUCCUAUCGAUCGAACAUCUUUGGGACCAUUUUCGAAGAGAACAUCUUCGAUUUGCUCAACACCUCCUUUUUUCAUCCCUCAGAGUGAUUCGUUCAAAAUUUCAGAAUGCGUGAAAUCGUACAUAUUCAAGCUGGCCAAUGUGGCAAUCAAAUUGGCGCCAAGUUUUGGGAAGUUAUCUCCGACGAACAUGGUAUCGAUAACACAGGAACUUAUCAUGGAGAUUCGGAUUUACAAUUGGAACGAAUCAACGUGUACUACAACGAGGCUUCCGGCCCGAAAUACGUACCUCGAGGGAUUUUAGUCGACCUUGAACCUGGUACAAUGGACUCUGUACGUUCCGGCCCGUUUGGACAGAUCUUCAGACCGGACAACUUUGUUUUUGGCCAAUCAGGAGCUGGAAACAAUUGGGCCAAGGGUCAUUACACCGAAGGAGCAGAAUUGGUAGAUUCUGUCUUGGACGUAGUAAGAAAAGAAGCAGAAAGUUGCGACUGUCUUCAAGGUUUUCAACUGACACACUCUUUGGGUGGAGGUACCGGAUCAGGAAUGGGCACUCUUUUGAUAUCGAAAAUUCGCGAAGAAUAUCCUGAUAGGAUAAUGACCACUUUUUCUGUGGUACCAUCGCCUAAAGUCUCUGACACCGUCGUCGAGCCCUACAAUGCUACAUUAUCCGUUCAUCAACUCGUUGAAAACACUGAUCAAGCUUACUGCAUCGACAACGAGGCUCUCUACGACAUCUGCUUCCGUACUUUGAAACUAACUACACCUACUUACGGUGAUCUAAAUCAUCUGGUGUCUGCUACGAUGUCCGGUGUGACUACUUGCUUGAGAUUCCCAGGACAAUUGAAUGCUGAUCUAAGAAAACUGGCCGUCAACAUGGUACCCUUUCCACGUCUACACUUUUUCAUGCCAGGUUUUGCACCUUUGACGUCUCGAAGUAAUCAGCAAUACAGAGCCUUGACCGUACCUGAGUUGACUCAGCAAAUGUUCGACUCGAAGAAUAUGAUGGCUGCCUGUGAUCCUAGACACGGAAGAUAUCUCACUGUUGCUGCUGUUUUUCGUGGUAGAAUGUCGAUGAAAGAAGUGGACGAACAAAUGCUUAAUAUUCAAAAUAAAAAUAGUUCCUAUUUUGUGGAAUGGAUUCCGAAUAAUGUAAAAACAGCUGUAUGUGAUAUUCCACCACGUGGCCUUAAAAUGUCAGCAACUUUUAUUGGAAAUUCCACUGCCAUUCAAGAACUUUUCAAAAGGAUCUCAGAACAGUUUACGGCGAUGUUUAGAAGGAAGGCUUUUCUUCAUUGGUAUACCGGUGAAGGAAUGGAUGAAAUGGAGUUCACCGAAGCAGAGUCGAACAUGAAUGAUUUGGUAUCCGAAUACCAACAAUAUCAAGAAGCUACGGCUGAAGACGAAGGUGAAUACGACGAGGAGGAGGAAAUCGAAGAUAAAUAAUAAGAUGCUCGGUAAAACCGAACAUUGAAUGAUCCCGAUCGGAUAGGAAUACAAGGAAACUGUAUACAACGAAGAAACUUUUUAUAUCUUUUUCUUUUUACUUUUCGAUAUCUAUUUUACUUUUGUUAUCCAUUUAUUCCGUUUUAAUAUUUUCGAAUUUUUUAAGAGAUUUAUAAGUUUUUAUAUACGAUUUAUAUGGAAUUAUAAGAGAUUUGUUAGUCGAAUAGAUUAUUUAUCUCGAGUAAUUGAUUUUUUAUUGAGUUAUAACGAAGAUCUAUGAAAAAGGUAAGGAUGUAUUCGUGUUAAAGAUCUAUUUGAGAUUGGAUUGAUCUAAUUUAUAACAUCUGCAUUAAAACCGCUUGUCGAACAAGCGUUAAAAUAAUCUUAAAUUUCUAAUGUAAAAUGUUAACGCAACUGAAUACGUUCAAUAUUGAUAUCUUGAACAAGUUAACGUGAAUCAAAGUCGAUAUUUUAAAUAUAGCUGUUAAUAAUAAUAAUAUGAGUGAUCAUAGGCAUGCAUUCGUGUGACCAACACUCGAACAUUUACCGCGGCUCGCUAUCGAACUCGCUAUCGUCCUUCUGGUCAACUGGGAUUGAUCAAGCCAAGGCCUUGACAAAAAUUGGUAAUCACGUAUUAUCUCGUCGGAGCCCCGAGGACAAACACUUUAUUAUUGCGUAUCAUAGAGAUCGUAGUUCGUUGUACGUCUACGUAGAAAAAGAAAGUACAGUUGAAUCACUUCGUUCAAUUAUUGCGGGUCUUUGAUUUAGGAUCAAUAAAUCUGUCAAUAUAAUAACUGAGAAAAUUUUUUAAAUCUAAACAUAGAAUUUUGUUUAAAGAAUUAUUUAAUGAUCGAAAAAUUCAUUUUACGUUGAUAUAAUUUUACAAAAUUUUUAAAACAGAUAUUUUUGAAAUUGAAUAGUGUUACUGCGAAAGUUAUCGACAAGUAACACAAUGUUACCUGAAUCAUGCAAUGAGAGGGAUGGAAGCGUUUUGAAACAUACAUCUAACCUUUAUCACAAAAUUAAAAAAAAAUGUUAUAGUUCGGCUUAAAAAUUAUACGUCACAUUUAGAAUAGAUCAUUAUAAUCUUUGAAAAUUUUAUUAAAAAUCACGAUGAGAGAAAUUGUACACAUUCAAUUAGGACAAUGUGGAAAUAAUAUUGGGACGAAAGUAAGGUUACGUUAAUUUUUACCCUUACAUUUAUAUAUUAAGAGAAUUUCUAUUUUUUUUUUUUUCUUUUUAUUAACGCUCAGAUCAUCUUCCUAGUUUUGGGAAGUUGUUUCGGACGAACACGGACUGACACGUGAUGGAAUUUUUCAAGGAGAAUCAGACCUUCAACUACAACGCAUAAAUGUGUACUUUACUGAAGGACGUGGUAUUGAUAAUUCGUCAAAUAAAAAUUUAACAUUACCAAUAUCAUUAACACUAGAUUUACGUAGAUCAAUUGUAUACUUAUAUUUACUAAAACUCCUCAUAUUAAUAUAAAAAAUAUAUUAAAUGUUUUUCCAUGAUAACAUUAGUUUAUGUCAUUGCAUCAAUCACAAUUAAUGUAAAUUGUUAAAAAAUAAUAUUGAUGAAUUCUGUAAUUUUAUUAGUAAAAUUUAAAGUCCUUCAAAUUAGCAGAUUCCGUAAAUCUAGUGUUGAAUAAAAUUUGUCAAAAAGUAAGCUUUGUAUCUUGUAUUUCUAGAUUACAAAUUUAUACCCAGAGCCAUUUUAGUCGAUCUCGAUCCAGGUACUAUAAGUGCCACGUUAUCCAGUC